GUUAUUCAUUUUUAUUGCACCAGUGUUUGACAACAGUUAUUUCAGCGAUAACUGUUUCAAACUUUUAUUUAUAGUAUGUAACAAUUCAUAGGAAUAUUGUGAAAGUUAUGUUUUUUGAGUGCUAACUAGCCUGGUUAUUGCAAGCAACUAUGGAUUUUGAGAGUCCUGAUGUCAUGAAGGACUUUCCUGGCCUGUAUGCUUCUGAUAUUAGCAAAAAGGGAAACAAUGACAGUGACUACAGUGAUGAAACUGAUAAGCUGGCCAAGAAAGAUUUGUUGGGUAAACGUAAAGACAAGAAGGAUAAGAAAGACAAGGACAGAGGUUAUGCUGCUUUGGAAGGGGAGAGCUCCGCAGAAGAAAUAGAGUCUAGGAGCCCAUCAAAAAUAAAGAAAACAAAGGCUUUCAAAUUUUCCACAAAAUCUAAGGAAAAACGUGAAAAGUCCAGGGAGAAAGAAACAUUGGAGAAAAAGAAAGAUAAGGAGAAAAAAAGUGACAAGAAAUUGGAAAAGACUAAAUCUGAAAAAAAAGAAAAGAAAAUUAAGACAGAGGAAUGCACGGAUAUAGCAGAGGGUUUACCUAUUUUUGGUGUUCCUUUGGAUGUGGCUGUUGAAAGGAGCAAAUGCCAUGAUGGUGUUGACAUUCCUUUGCCAGUCCGAGUAUGCAUUGAUUAUAUUCAGGAGCAUGGACUUACAAUGGAAGGAGUUUAUAAAAUAAGUGGCACAAAAUCAAAAGUAAUUCAAAUUCGUAAACUUUACAAUCAAAGAGAAAACGUUGACUUAAAAGAGUAUGAUGUACCAAUAGCUACAAGUCUUUUAAAGAUGUAUUUGAGAGACUUACCUGAACCAAUUUUUACUAAUGACUCUUUGAUACGAUUUGAAGAAGCCGGCGCUAUCUUAAAUGUUGGAACAAGAGAGAAGCAUUUAAGAACCUUAACUGAAAACCUACCUGUAAAUAACCGUAUAUUACUUUCAUGGCUUCUAAUACAUUUCGACAAUGUAGUUCUUAAUGAGAGGCAUAACAAAAUGAAUAUACAGCAUGUUGUGGUGGCUCUGAGCCCAGCCCUUCAUACUACCAAUCGACUUCUAACAGUACUUCUUCACCACUGUAGGGCUUUGUUUCCUACUGUUAUUUUAGAUACUUAUGUGCCACCCUUAACAAGCACAGCACAAUUACCUCAGUGUCUGCAGGGCCUAGAACGUGAGCUAGUGAAGCAGGAAAGCCUUCUUGCACAAAUCCACUCGGAAAUGAAUGCAGGAUUCAUAUCUAAAAGUAGGGAAGAAUUGCUUUGGGAGGUGCAAAGAAUUAUAACACAGUUAAAGAGGAAAAUUAAGAAUUUGCAAAAGGAGAAAGAACCAGAGACGCCAGUUGAAGUGAAAGACGCAGAAGAACACGUAACAGAUUCCGAGUCUUCCCAGUCAAAUCAAAGCGAGGUCGCUCUUGUAAAUGGGAAUUCCGUACAAAAGAUAAACUGCAAACAAGUACUUGAAAAUAUCGAGAAGCCUUUUAGUGAUCAAGCAAUACUUUUCUUAGAGUUUAAACAGAAAGCUUUAAUAGAAUUAAAAAAUAGAUUAAUGAAGGACAUUGAGGCGGAGCGAGCGGAGAUUGCCGAGCUCGAGCAGCAGAUACAGCCUGAAUCGCAGACCAUCCCAAUCCCAAUUUAUAACAACUCCAGCAACAUGAGCGAGGUUAUGGACCUGUUACAUAAGGAGAACCAAAUUUUACAAAUUAAUAAAAUCAAUCUCGUUAGAAACAUUAUGGAACAAGAGGAGGUAUGCAUUGAGCUUAAAGCUAAACUAGGGCUGCUUAGGUGCAUUGCAAAUGGUACGUUGCCUACGACAUUUAAAAUGAGUCGUCAUGAAGGUGUAAGCUGUGAUUCUUGUAUGAAGGGAAACUUCCGUGGCAGAAGAUAUAAAUGUCUAAUUUGUUAUGAUUAUGAUUUGUGUGAUGCCUGCUAUGAAUCUGGUGCUACAAACACUAGACAUACCACAGAUCAUCCAGUCCAAUGUAUCCUCACAAGGGCUGAUUUUGAUUUAUUUUAUGCUGGUGAAGCUAUCACAAAUGUUGAUCAGCCACAAGCUUAUACAUGUCCCUAUUGUUCCCGUAUGGGAUUUACUGAUGUGACCCUACAGGAACAUGUGACCUCUGAUCAUGGAGAUACAUCAUUUGAAGUGGUGUGCCCAGUGUGUGCAGCAAUGCCAGGAGGUGAUCCAAACUUGAUGACUGAUGAUUUUGCCGGACAUUUAACUAUAGAGCACCGAUCUGGUACAAGAGAUCUAAUAACGUUUUUGGAUGAGCCUGUCGGCGGCAACAGGCGCAGAGUCCAGCAUUCUGGGCAUAUGCCAAGCAGCAGAGGUGGCAGCUCUGGAAGACCCAGAAGAUCCAAUAUGCAUUUUAGUGUUUUCAGCUCAGGCGGGAUGAGCUCGUUGUCGCCUUCUUCUCGAGAGCCUGUGGAUCCGAUUGCUGAAUUGUUGUCCCAGUUAUCUGGGGUCCGACGUUCUGGAAGCAGCAGCAGCACACCUAGCCAGUUGCAGCAAUUACAGAUGCAGCUACAGCUCGAGAGGCAACAAGUUAGUGCCGCGAGGCAGCAGUUGGAGCGGUUGCCUAGACGUCAGAAUCAGAUCCAGACGCUCAGAGAAGCCAGUGCUAACGCAAAUCCGGGAUAUAGUCUACUGGCCAGUUCUACGAGUACGCAAGCUCAGGCGGCGUCUACAGCACCGUCUGCACCCGCUCCACCAUCGGACUUCUUACUAGAAGGCCUUCUUGAAGAUCUGUCUCUGCAAUCAUCCACCGAUAAGAACACCGCAGACCGCUUGCAGUUCAUAAACAACCUGUUGUUCAGCACAACAAUGGAUAUUCAAAAGAAGCCAGAAGCGGAAGCAAACGUCGAAGAAGUUGACAGCGACGAGCAAAGAGACACUCUAUCCUCGCUCGCCGUCAAAUUUCCCGAAAACAGGGCAUUUAACCGCGUCCUCCGUGGGAGAGCUCGUUCAGACAACCAGAACGCAUUGAGACGUGCAGACGCCAACAAAGUACAGGAAUGUAAGAAAGCGAAGAAGACAGCCAUCUCAAGAUAAUAACAGACUAGACAUUUGGAAGAUAAGCCCCCUAGGAAGAGAGAGAGAGAGAGAUAAACAAAUAAUAAAAGUAUAACGAUCAGUUCACUUUCUAUAAGAAUGGGCUUAGUCUUGUGAUAGUUAUUUUGCAUAAUCUUUAUUAAAACGAGAGACAAACGUGAAGAGCGCAUAUGAAGUUUGCAACACAUUACUGGAUUUUGGAACCUACUCUCUUCGCUUGUAAUACCGUCUACCAAAGCCUCUUAACCGAAAUUCGAACGAAAUUUAAAAAAAUAUAUAUAUAUACACAUACCGUUUGGCUUUUGCAAUCUGCUGCGAUUAUCAUAAUAUUUAAUAAACUAUUUUAGUCAUGUUCAAAUUGAAUCUUUGUAGAAAUACCCGUACAUUUAUUUAAUCAAACCGUCGCAUUAACACAAGAUUCAAUUAUAAAAAAAG